AUGUCAGCACACCAAACCCUCCAAGGCCUAGACAACAAAGAUAAGUCUGUUAUUUCUCCUGAAAGCAACAAGAAAAUACCCCAACAUGAACAAGAAGAAUCUGUCAUAGCACAGCUUCUUCAAAAGAUAAAGAGUACAAAAACACAUUCAGAGUUAGAGCUUAUUCACAUCCUGGAGCAGUUAGGAAAGGCCUUUAGCAAUAAGAAAGCUGACAUCUACCUAUACUAUGACCAUGCUAAACUAAUGGCUUCAAAACUUGAUUUACAGACUCGCACACUUAAUAGAGAGGAGCUUCUCAAUCAUUUGGCUUACAUCCAUAGGAAUUGUUGCAAUAUUGGCUUAGUCAAGACCAAUGACAGCACCUACCUCUGGUUCUGUUUGGCAAAUAGACCAGCUAGAGCUGAAGAUACUUUAGACAUUUACAAAUUCAAACAUCAGCCAAUUAUCCCUCUGGUUACAAACAUGAGAACAUUUGACUUCAACCAAUACACACAAAUAACUAGAGUUAACAAGUUCACCACCAGCAAUCUUCAGAAGGAAUGGGAAACAACUGGAUCUGUUAUCAUUCUCCAGCUAAUGCACUGA